CGCGGCUCCUUGUAAACAAAUGACGUCAUCAACAACACCAGCUGACGAAACAUACUCCUUUCUUUCACGUUCUGCGCUGCUGCUACGUCCCUUUUUCUGCUUCUGGUGAUGAUGUCGGGCGAACCAGACUACGAAGCGGCCGUGGGGCUCAUCAGACACCUGCCAACAGAGGAGCUCCGAGACUUGGUCAAUAACGAUGACAAGCUGGCAGAGCUCAUGAAAGACCUUCCACAGAUGAAGAACCUGGCCAGCGAACAGGAGAUGCUCUUGGCAGCCAACAAGUCUUUAGCCGAGUUCAACCUUUCGCUGGAGCCCAAACUCUCACAGGCUAAACAGAACCUAAUUGCAAAAUAUGAAGAAGCUGCCAAACUUUCAGAGGAGGUCAACAACAUGAAGGGAGAAAUUGAUGCAUCCAGUGGGCAGUAUUCAGCAGACAUGCUCCAGGCUCUGCUACAGACAGCUGCUCGUGAUGCAGAAGAUGAGACUGAGAAUCUUGUGAAGUCAUUCCUAGACAAGGAACAGGAAGUGGAUGAUUUCCUCUCAGAGUUCCUCACCAAGAGAAAGACAGCCCACUUGCGCCGCAUUAAGUCUGAGAAAAUUGUCGAUAUCCUGAACAAGUCGAGCAACAGCCACUCUACGCCCUACCCAUCCCAGCCUGCACCAGCUGGGGGAGGGUACGGGCCUGGCCAGUGGCAGUCACCCUACCCUCCACAACCCAUGAACAUGCCUAUGCCUGGCUAUCACUGAGUUUUGUAGUGUGAUUUUUCCUCCCCCUACCCAGCCAUUCCCCCCCCCCCUUUGUCCUAUAUGCUGUGGAGAUCACAAAUACAAAGUGAAAGGAAGCAGACAAUUGCUGUAGCCUGACUGGUCUCUUUGAAUUGGAUAAUGAGGAACUUUUUUUUUCUUUUUGUGUUUUUCCUCUCGUUUUAGAUUAACUGUUAUAAUUCUUCUUCUUUUUCUGAGAUAUGUAAAAUUAUUGAAGUUUAUUAUUGAAAAAUAGGGUAUGUCUUUCUAUUAGGAAUAUACAAUACAUUUAACCCAGACCAGAUCCUUAUAUUUCACAAUUUUCUGUAUGAUGAAGAUUGAUAUCUAAAAGAUAUAUCAUAGAUUCCAUUAAAUAAUUUGUCACACAUUUUGAAUCAAUGAAUAAUUGCAUAUAAUGCUUUUUGUCAUCAGUCUGUCAGAAUUAAACCUAGACCAUAUACAUA